AUUAACCCGGGAGGCGGUGGCGGGGAGGGGAGAGGCUCUGAGAGGCGAGGCCGGGUGAGGCGGCGAGGGCGGCCCGACGGGCACAGGACGGGACGGGGCAGCGCGGGUGCCGGGAGCCGCGGCCCGGAGUAGGGGCGCCUCGCCCCGGGCCCCCAAACAUGAAGACCCCGGCGGACACAGGGUUUGCUUUCCCGGAUUGGGCCUACAAGCCUGAGUCGUCCCCCGGCUCGCGGCAGAUCCAGCUGUGGCACUUUAUCUUGGAGCUGCUGCGGAAGGAGGAGUACCAGGGUGUCAUCGCCUGGCAGGGGGACUACGGGGAGUUCGUCAUCAAGGACCCUGACGAGGUGGCUCGGCUCUGGGGCGUCCGCAAGUGCAAGCCCCAGAUGAAUUACGACAAGCUGAGCCGGGCCCUGCGGUAUUAUUACAACAAACGUAUUCUGCAUAAGACCAAGGGGAAACGGUUCACCUACAAGUUCAACUUCAACAAACUGGUGCUGGUUAAUUACCCUUUCAUUGACGUGGGGUUGGCUGGGGGUGCAGUGCCCCAGAGCGCCCCACCAGUACCGUCAGGCGGCAGCCAUUUCCGCUUCCCUCCCUCAACGCCCUCCGAGGUGCUGUCCCCCACUGAGGACCCCCGCUCACCACCUGCCUGCUCUUCAUCUUCAUCCUCCCUCUUCUCGGCUGUGGUCGCCCGCCGCCUGGGUCGUGGCUCGGUCAGUGACUGUAGUGAUGGCACGUCAGAGCUGGAGGAGCCACUGGGAGAGGACCCCCGGGCCCGACCACCUGGCCCUCCGGAGCUGGGUGCCUUCCGUGGCCCCCCACUGGCCCGCCUGCCCCACGACCCUGGUGUCUUUCGAGUCUACCCUCGGCCCCGAGGUGGUCCUGAGCCCCUCAGCCCCUUCCCUGUGUCGCCCCUGCCUGGGCCUGGCUCUCUGCUGCCCCCUCAGCUGUCUCCGGCCCUGCCUAUGACGCCCACCCACCUGGCCUACACACCCUCACCCACCUUGAGCCCUAUGUACCCUGGUGGCGGCGGGGGCCCCAGUGGUUCAGGGGGAGGCUCACACUUCUCCUUCAGCCCUGAGGACAUGAAACGGUACCUGCAGGCCCACACCCAAAGUGUCUACAACUACCACCUCAGUCCCCGCGCCUUCCUACACUACCCGGGGCUGGUAGUGCCCCAACCCCAGCGCCCUGACAAGUGCCCGCUGCCGCCCAUGGCACCCGAGACCCCACCGGUCCCCUCCUCGGCCUCUUCCUCCUCCUCCUCCUCCUCCUCCUCCCCAUUCAAGUUUAAGCUCCAGCCGCCUCCUCUUGGACGCCGGCAGCGGGCAGCGGGGGAGAAGGCCCCCGUGGGCUCUGACAAGCCCAGUGUCGGUGGCGGCGUUGGCAGCGGUGGCCCAGGCCGGCUGGGUGAGGGGGCGGGGGCGUUGGCACCACCGCCACCACCGCCCCAGAUCAAGGUGGAGCCUAUCUCAGAAGGUGAAUCGGAGGAGGUGGAGGUGACUGACAUCAGUGAUGAGGAUGAAGAAGAUGGGGAGGUAUUCAAGACACCCCGCGCCCCGCCUGCGCCCCCCAAGCCUGACCCGGGCGAGGCACCUGGGGCAGCCCAGUGCAUGCCUCUCAAGCUGCGAUUUAAGCGGCGCUGGAGUGAAGACUGUCGCCUGGAGGGGGGUGGGGGCACCGCCGGUGGCCUGGAGGAUGAGGGUGAGGACAAGAAGGUGCGUGGGGAGGGGCCCGGGGAGGCCGGGGGGCCCCUCACCCCAAGACGGGUGAGCUCUGACCUCCAGCACGCCACGGCCCAGCUCUCCCUGGAGCCCCGUGAUUCCUGAGGGCUGUGGGCCGGGGACAGAGUCCCCUCCCCCUAUGCUUUUGCUGCCUUAACCGCCCCCCCAAAAAAUGCCCUGGAGGUGAGGCCAGCUCUAGACCCUUUCCUGCCUCCUAUUUCUUCCACCUUUUGUAUAAAACUUACUUUUUUUUUUUUUUUUAAACGGUGGGGGUGGGUGGGUGCCCAGGGCUGUCUCCUUUCUGUGGGUUUCUAAGCUCCCGGGCAAAGUGAUGGGAGGGAGGGAGGGAGAGGUUGGGGAGGUAAGGGGGCCGCCUCCAUUCUGGGGAAUUUUUAUUUGAACCGAGGCUUUGGCCUCAACACCCAGGAACUUUUUUUAUUACAAUCGCUUAGGAAAUAAAGCCGUGUUGCCCUGUCCUCUGCCUCUCACACCUCUCCCCUCUGCCCCAGCUGGUCCCAGCCCCAACCCUGUCUUCCCUGCCCCUCCAGGGGCCAUGAGUGCCUGGGUUUCUCGUACCCCCACAAGGUCGUAGGAGGGGAGGGAGGGACAAUUACAUGAUGAACCAAAAAUUCCAUGGGGGGUUGUGGGGGGCGGAGGAGGGUGAGGGGUACCACCCAUGGGCCACAGAGCUCUAUAAGUGCCUGCUAGUCCUCUCCCAUUUCCCACCCAGCACCAGUCCGACCCCUUCCCCCCCAGCUGCUCCUAGUUCUGGCCCAUGGGCAGGUGGGUGGGGGGGUAGGAAAAAGGGGGUACCCUGAAACCAAACUGGAAGCCCCCUCUGCCUCCCAGCUGGGGCUCCUGGGGUGGGGUGUAAGGGGGCUGUGGUCAAGCCUUAUUCUGUAUUGGGGAUGGGGGGGCGGGAGGUAGGGAGGGGCUGCUGGAGAAUGUAUCCAAAACAAUAAAACUUUGGACCUUU